AGAGCAAAACGCAAAUAUAGCAUGCACGUUGAAACGUGUAUGAUCCAGUACCCAGUAUGAUCUGUUUGUUUACGAUUCCCGCGCAAAUCGUAGCAGCAGAUUGUGUUUAUCUAGAUUCCACGUGUUUUUUUCUUAUGUUUCAACGAAAACAAAAAACUCAAUGUCUCUUGGUUCUAAAGAAACGUUUUUGUGUGUAUUGACAAGUGCAAUUAUUGAAAAAGUGCUAUAAAAAUAUGAUGCGUAGUUCUCGUGAGUGAAAUGGCAGUUCAAUUUUUGUGUUGACGCGAAAACUUCCAAUUUCAAUUUAUGUUUUAAAUUGAAUUUGCGGGAAUGUACUUUUUUGAAACGAAACGCUAAAUUAGGAUUUAUCUGGUCAGAAGUCCAAACUUUAAAUGGGAAUCGCCCAGUAAAAAAAAAACGAUGGCAACCGAAGCUGUAUACGAAUACAUGCAGUGUCAGAAUCGACCAUUCAGCGCUAAUGACAUUGUGACCAAUCUCAACAACCAGCACCCGAAGCCAGUCGUACAAAAAGCUCUGGACAAAUUGGUCGCCAAAAACAAAGUUUUCGAAAAGGCCUAUGGAAAGCAAAAGAUUUAUUGCCUGGUGCAAGACCCGUCGCAGGACACCGACGAGUUGUUGCGGAUAAAUCGUGAGCUUCAAUGCCACGCGAACGAGGUAGAAAUGAAGCGUACGGAGGUUGACAAAUCUAUCCGCGAAUACGAGUCGAAAUUGGCGCUUUUGCGCCAACAUCCUUGCCUCGAAGAAGCUCUCAAAAUACGAGACGAACUGAAAAAGCGGGUCAAAGAACUCACUGAUAAGUUAGACGCCCUCAUGGAAACGACUGGAUCUCAAGACCUCGGAACCGAUAAGAAAAAAGCUGAGGACAAGAUGAAAGAAUAUUCGCGCGAAUACGGCAAAAGAAAACGCUUGUGCACCGAUAUUAUCGACUGCAUCCUCGAAGGCUAUCCCGGAAGUAAAAAAGCUCUUCAGGAGGAGAUCGGCAUCGAGAUUAAAAUCGUCCAAUAACCUUAAUCGUUAAAACAUUAUUCGUAAUACUAAAAUCAAACGAAAAGUUGACGAAAAAUGUUAAAUUUUUUCUUUUUCGUCUCAGUCAAUUUUCAAUCGUCUCCCUUUUCGGGAAAAAUGUUCUCGCGGACUCGUAACGUCAUCUGAUGGAUUUAAAUUGGGCAAAACUGUCCAAUUUAUCGAACAUUUGAUUUGCAAUUAAAUCUUCAUCUCCUUCGAUCACAGUGACAAAUAUUCGACGUGAAAAUCAGAGUAAAAACAGUCUGAGGAUCACUCUUGUUCAUAAAUUUAUUUCGAUCGACUGAUUUUUCGGUUACAAUUAAUAUUUUUCUUAUCAAUUACAUUCACGGUAAUUUCGUUCUUCGGUACCGAAAUUCCAGAGUAUCCGAUCCACAUUACUUGUUCGAUUGCGACUAAAUAAGUAUUGUAAUUUGCAUAACUGUAGAAACUCGAUUAAAAAUGAUGAAUCUUUUCGAA